AUGGAAAAGUCUAGUAAUAAUUUAAAUCUUGAAACGUCAUCCAAAUCUAUAUCCAUAACCCAACCUAUAGAUGGUCAUGAAGGGUUGGAAAAUGUGGUUCUACUCAAUGAAGAGGAACCAAGCCAAAAAGACUAUUGGAGAUUGCUAAAGGAUGAGUCAAAAUGGAAUACAAUGUACCAACCAGAAAGUGCAAAGAGAACAAAAGUGUUAGAAUCAGUGGCAUAUACUUCGUCAUCCAAUGCAAACAUCAGUGAUGAUGAAGUACGUGAAGUGCGCCUUAUUGGACAAAGGGCGGCAAAGAAAAGGGGAAAGGAAAAAAAGGACACACAUACUACAUAUAUAGAGAAUAAUGCACGAACAACAUCUACACUGGAGAAAUUAGUGGCGAUAAGGGAGAAAGAGGCUGAAGAUAAUAGGAUGACAAAAUACAUGGAUUAUUUUGUUAUGGACACAUCGCAUAUGAGUCCUGAGCAAAAGAAAGAUGAUGCAAAUUUGUGUACUUAUAUUAAGACCAAUAUCUAG